AACCGUUUCGAAAGAUGCCCAUCUCCGAUUUCCGCAAGAAGAAGCUCCUCUACGUCUUCAAUGUCUUCUUCGACGUCAAUCAGAGCGGCACCAUCGACAGGAAGGACUUCGAGUUGGCCAUCGAGAAAAUCUGCACGUUGAGGGGUUGGAAGGCUGGUAGCGCUCCCUACAUCAAGACCUUCGACAGCAUGAUCCAAAUCUGGGAUGGACUCAGGCAGAGGGCCGACUCCAACAAGGACGGACAAGUUAGCGUUGAUGAAUGGUCUUCUAUGUGGGACGAAUACGCCAAGAAUCCUGAGAACGCUCUGGACUGGCAGACCCAGUACCUCAGGUUCAUGUUCGAUCUGGAGGAUGCGAGCGGCGACGGAAGCAUCGACAUCGACGAGUUCACGAGCGUCUGCUCCUGCUACGGCCUCGAAAUCGGCGAAUGCAAGGAGGCCUUCCACAAGAUGGCUCAAGGUAAGAAGGAGGUGAGUUACGAGCAAUUCGUCGAGCUCUGGAAGCAGUUCUUCAUGUCGGAAAACAUCUCCGAACCGGGCAACUACAUCUUCGGCAAGACCUCGUUUUAACCGACUCGCCCAUAAAGAUAUGCAUUAUUAUUAUGAUAAUAUUAAUUAAUACUCUCCAAUUGGUGUACGCGGCUUGUGCACGGCAUUUUAUCAAAUUUCUUACUGUAUUUAUCUCCGCUACUUAUACUAAAUAAAGACGAAGUAGAUGUUCCGUAGUAGAAUGUAUUUAAGAGUGAAUAUAUAUAAUAAAAAAAAUCUAUAUAAGAAAGUUACAUAUCCUCUUCAGAGACAAUAUAAAUCUUAACUUACAAAAGGCAAACGAAUCUACUUAAUCCCCUUUUGUUCUCAUUGUAAACGACUACAGAAUCUUCGAUUAUCUACGUAGAGUACUUCGCGUACUAAAAUCCGUGUUCUACAUUG